GUGGCGGCGGCGGCGGCGGCGGCGGCGCGGGGGGCCGGGGGGGAGCGCUCGAGCCGGCCGGCCCCGUCCGUGGCGCCCGAGCCCGACGGCUGCCCCGUGUGCGUGUGGCGGCAGCACAGCCGCGAGCUGCGCCUGGAGAGCAUCAAGUCGCAGAUCCUGAGCAAACUGCGGCUCAAGGAGGCGCCCAACAUCAGCCGCGAGGUGGUGAAGCAGCUGCUGCCCAAGGCGCCGCCGCUGCAGCAGAUCCUGGACCUACACGACUUCCAGGGCGACGCGCUGCAGCCCGAGGACUUCCUGGAGGAGGACGAGUACCACGCCACCACGGAGACUGUCAUUAGCAUGGCCCAGGAGACGGACCCUGCAGUGCAGACAGAUGGCAGCCCUCUCUGCUGCCAUUUCCACUUCAGCCCUAAGGUGAUGUUCACAAAGGUACUGAAGGCCCAGCUGUGGGUGUAUCUACGGCCGGUGCCCCGCCCAGCCACAGUCUACCUGCAGAUCUUGCGACUGAAACCCCUAACUGGGGAAGGGACUGCAGGGGGAGGGGGCGGAGGCCGGCGUCACAUCCGUAUCCGCUCACUCAAGAUUGAGCUGCACUCACGCUCAGGCCACUGGCAGAGCAUCGACUUCAAGCAAGUGCUACACAGCUGGUUCCGACAGCCACAGAGCAACUGGGGCAUCGAGAUCAACGCCUUUGAUCCCAGUGGCACAGACCUGGCUGUCACCUCCCUGGGGCCGGGAGCUGAGGGGCUGCAUCCUUUCAUGGAGCUUCGGGUCCUAGAGAACACAAAACGGUCCCGGCGGAACCUGGGCCUGGACUGCGAUGAGCACUCGAGUGAGUCCCGCUGCUGCCGAUACCCCCUCACAGUGGACUUUGAGGCUUUUGGCUGGGACUGGAUCAUUGCGCCUAAACGAUACAAGGCCAACUACUGCUCCGGCCAGUGCGAGUACAUGUUCAUGCAAAAGUAUCCGCACACCCACUUGGUGCAACAGGCUAAUCCAAGAGGCUCUGCUGGGCCCUGCUGUACUCCCACCAAGAUGUCCCCAAUCAACAUGCUCUACUUCAAUGACAAGCAGCAGAUUAUCUACGGCAAGAUCCCUGGCAUGGUGGUGGAUCGCUGUGGCUGCUCCUAAGGUGGGGGACAGAGGAUGCCUCCCCCAUAGACCCUACCCCUAGACCCCCAGCCCUGACCUCCCUACCCCCAGGCCCUAGAGCUCCCUCCACCUCUUCCCAUGAACAUCACACCUUGUUCCCUGCCCAAGCAGUGUGCAAUACA